AUGUCCAGUUUAUUUUAUUCUUUUUGUCUAGUAAUUGCUAUAAUUGAGUCAGUGAUGGGACUUUUAGGAAAUGGGACUGUCUUGGCUGUCAGUUCAACUAGUUGCAUCAGGAGCAAAAUAUUGUCCUCUUAUGAUAUGAUUAUAAUCUGUCUGAGUUUAUCCAGGUUCUUUUUGCUGUUCUGGAUGAUGCUGGAUUUAUUCCUAAGUCUUUUUUGUCAAGCCUCCUAUUAUAAAGAAAAUUUAUUUGUAACUGCCAAGAUGGUUUUUAUAUUUCUGAACUCUUCUAGUUUUUGAUUUGCUGCCUGUCUUGGUGUCUUCUGUUGUAUCAAGGUUGCCAGUUUUACCUAGUCAUUCCUCAUCUGGCUGAAGCAAAGGAUUUCCAGUCUCAUGCCCUGGAUGCUGAUAACAUCAUCUCUUUUUUCCCUUGCAACCUCUCUUCCUUUCUUCUGGGAUAGCAACAACACACACAACAACUUCACUACUCCUUUAACCAUGACAAACUCUUCAGAAAGGAUAGCGACAAGGAAAACCAAUAUAAUUUUUUUGAUCCUUCUCUGUAAUGUUGGUAUAGCUUUGCCUUUAAUAAUGUUUCUUUUUUCAAGUAUCCUGCUGAUUAGAUCUCUGUGGAGGCACACCAGACAGAUGCAAAAUAAUGCAACUGGCUUCAGGGAUCCCAGCUUAGAUGCCCAUAUUGGUGCCAUCAAGUUAGUCUUCUCCUUUCUCCUCCUGUACAUUACAAACUGUAUUGCUUUGAUUCUCAUUUUAUCUGACACUUUCGUACCUUUAAGCAUUGAGGAAGCUAUGUGUGUAGUUGUUGUGGCUGCCUGUCCUGCAGGACAAUCUAUGGUCUUAAUCUGGAGCAACCCCAAAUUUCGAGAGCUGCCCACUAGCAUUUUGCAUCACAUAAACUGCUGUGUCAGAGCUAGAUCCAGUUAAAAGACCAUGGGCUAGCCUGCUCUUUCCAGUUUAGAUCCA